CAGGACAUAUUCUAUUUUCAGCGCGCGCUGCCUCCAUGAUGACGAGGAUUCAGCAGCUCCAUGAAUCUCAAAUUGGGGAGCUGGAACAGCCAAACUGCAUUUGCUGCAAGUGGAGGCCGUCUUGUUCUCAAAACUUAGCUAAUGUUGGUGGGGUUAGUGGGGCUAGAACGAAGACCAGGGCUGUAGGGACAGGUAGCUCGUAUUUCGGACUCUGCAGGAGCGGUGGACUUGUUGAUGCUUGCUCCUUGUCUUGGACCAGUCGUGACUCCCUGGCUUUUGGGUAGCUGAGACGUUGGUAGAGACGUCUCGCAUAGCAAAUCUUGUGGAUGUCAAUUGAUUGGGUGUUGAAGCUCUGAGCUUUGCCGCAACCAUUUACACGCGUUAGAUGCACUCUCAGUGCCUCCCAUACGCUGCAUUGUGCACGAAAUUAUAGAAUACUGCUCUGUCUGCUACUCAACUCCUUGUUGUCAGUUUUUGAACUCAAGCUCGCAUGCUGUCAGUGUUAUAUCGCAAACAACUUUUGGCGAUGAGUACUUGUGUCUUGAUUCCGAGAUCUUAGUAGUUCUGUUGGUUUAGUUACCUACUGGAGGCCCUCGUCUCAUGCGUGUCGGAUUGUGUCACCGCGUGUUGCUCUAAGCAGUAUGCAAAUUUAGGGCUUAGAUUCUACUUGUAUCAUUGCCACUUCGCGGCUUUAACUAGUUAACGACAUUAGAUUAGAAAUCUUGGAGUCGAGAUGUGCAUUUCGGAAUCAAGCAAGUGAACCUUCCAGCUAUUACUAGGCAAAGCGAACGGGGUAUCCAGUACGACCAAUGUUGAUGCUGGGAGGAUGUGGCGGCAACGUCCCUAUUUACAAUGUCAAGAGCAUGGAAGGAUGCAACCUGACGUAGACCACCAGGACCUUUAGCAUCAUUGAGUAAGCUAUUAUGAUUUCCUCUACACGCUUCUGCAACUGUUCUUACAGACGAAGACCUAAUGGGAAGAAUUCAACUGUUUCAGAAUAGCUUCGGUAUGAGCAGGAAUAUCACAUUAACAAGUGUAAGCAGGGUAAUGAGGUGCGACCCGAAUUUUUUGAUGAAACUCUUCUCGGCCUAGAAUUACACUUCGACUAUGCACCUUCGUCAGGAAAUCCUUCUUACAUAAUUUCGAGUCUUACUCCGGACUUCAACUUCACCACCAGGAACUUUGGGGUUGAUUACAUUGACCAUGUAUGAUUUCAUCGACGGAGUGAUUGUAGAGCAGGUGUAGAAUUCAAACGUAUUAUUUGGAUAGAUCUAAUGCAAGCAGCAGCGAUAUAUUCGCUGUCAAUGUCGAUUUGACAUUAAUCUUGUGUCUGAAGAAAUGUUAAGGGCUCAAGCAGAAGUUGCCGAAAAAUAUACAUACUUAUCCAAUUUGCUUAGAUGUUCUCAAGAAUCAGAAGCGUAGUCGGAGAGCUGUGAGCAAUCAGAAGUCGUGGAUAGGCUCUCCAGGCUACGACCAUAGUCUAGCGAAGAUGGUUCGCGCCUUUGCAUCUACGAGAUUUUACUCUCCAUCAGCUGGAGCGGUUCCACUAGCUUCGACCAAUGUCCCGACUGCAUCUGAAUCCAAAAAUCAUGAUGAUGAGGGAGACUAUGGAAUUCAAGCGGAAGUAAACGACAGCAACAUCGAAAAUGAUAGUGGAAGCCCUGUGCUGGCACCGUGGGAAGGAACAUCCCCUCCUCCACCCCCUCCUGAAGAUACAACUCCUCCAGCUCUUCCUCCAGUGCCAGAUUCUGCAUCAGCUCCUCCCUCUGUCGAGUCUAAUGAGACAUCUCCUCCUGCUCUGCCUCCAAUACCAGAUCCCACAUCACCUCCUCCUCCUUCUGUCCAACCAGACGCUACAGCUCCUCCUUCUAUUCCUCCUCUACCAGAUACUGUAUCACCUCCUCCUGAUCCUGCUGCUCAAUCGCCACCAUCGCCUCCACCAGAAACGCCUCCACCUGAUCCUGCUGCUCAAUCCCCACCAUCGCCACCGCCAGAAACGCCUCCUCCUGAUGUAUUCCUACCUCCUCCUAAUCCUACCGUGGGGCCUCCACCAUUGCCAGCACCAGAGCUGGCUCCUCCUGUUGAAUCCCCACCCCCAUUAGCAGCUCCUCCUCCGGUUAUAAUACCUCCACCUCAACCAGUUGAAACAUCUCCACCUCCCAUUGUUGAAUCACCGCCACCACAAGCUCUACCGCCACAAUUAGUACCUCCUGCGGCGCCUCCAACAAUUGUAUCUCCCCCUGCUAUACCUCCAGUUGAGGCACCACCUCCGAGUAUUGCUUCUCCUCCCCCUGCAUCCCCACCUCUGCCUGGGGCUCCUCCCCCAGAGCCAACUAUAGCGCCUCCACCUGCAGAGGCACUCCCACCUCCACCUUCAGGAUCCCCGCCACCCUCCGUUUCAUCACCCCCGUCACUUCCACCAUCAGAAUCCCCGCCUCCUCCACCAUCAGAAUCCCCACCACCGCCACCGCUACCUCCACUGUCGGCUCCCGCCUCUGCUCCCAAGUCACCGACAGCACCACCUCCACUGUUAUCCCCUCUAGCACCGCCCCCGACAUCGCUUGCCCCUGCGCUGUCUAUUCCGAAAAUCACCCAGCCUGACCUCGAUACUCCACCUCCGCCGGGUCGUUCCUCUGGGCCUCCCUCGACAUCACCGUCACCGCCGUCGAGUGGAGUCUCUAGUCGAGCACUGGUUGUAGGUGGGGCUGUUGGGGGAAUCGUGGCCCUUGCCGUUGUAGUUUGUCUCCUGAUAUUCUGUUGCAGGAAGCGGAGGAGACGAAUUGACGGUGAUGGAUUCUUCUCACAGAAAGGCUCAAGUGCUGCAAUGCCUCUUACAGGUGCCCACUACAAAAGUGACAAUCCAGAUGCUUGGGGCAUUCAUUCGGGUAGUGUCAAUGGCUCAGAUAUACCUCCGCCUCCAUCUGGCUCCGAUGCGAUGGGCAACUCUAGAUCCUACUUCUUGUUCAGUGAACUGCAGGAGGCUACGGGUAACUUCUCCAAAGACAACCUUCUUGGCGAGGGUGGGUUUGGUCGCGUGUACAAAGGGACGUUGCAGAAUGGGACGGUUGUGGCCGUGAAGCAGCUGAAUCUGAGCGGAGCUCAAGGAGAGCGUGAGUUUCGAGCUGAAGUUGAGGUCAUUAGUAGGGUGCAUCAUCGUCAUUUGGUUUCCCUCGUGGGGUACUGUGUGUCCAACCAACAGCGACUGCUUGUGUACGAAUUUGUACCCAAUGGCACUUUGGAGAACAACUUGCAUAAUCCUGAUAUGCCUGUCAUGGAAUGGAGUACGAGACUGAAGAUUGCUCUUGGAUGCGCUCGAGGUCUUGCAUAUUUGCACGAGGAUUGUCACCCAAAGAUUAUCCAUCGAGAUAUCAAGUCUUCUAAUAUUCUUCUUGAUGAGAAUUUCGAAGCUCAGGUCGCGGAUUUUGGGUUAGCAAAGUUGUCCAACGACACCAAUACCCAUGUUUCGACCAGAGUAAUGGGAACUUUCGGGUAUUUAGCACCAGAGUAUGCCGCCAGCGGAAAGCUCACAGAUAGGUCAGACGUCUUCUCUUUCGGUGUGAUACUGCUGGAAUUAGUAACUGGCAGGAGACCCAUAGAUACGACUCAAGAGGCAGGAUUUGAGAGUUUGGUAGAAUGGGCAAGGCCGGUGGUGAUGCGUAUUCUUGAAGAUGGCCGUUUGGAGGAUCUGGUGGACCCCAACUUGGAUGGUGAUUACGACCCUGAUGAAAUGUUUCGUGUUAUUGAAACCGCGGCUGCGUGCGUGCGACAUUCAGCUCUAAAGCGUCCAAGGAUGGCACAGGUUGUUCGCGCGCUCGAGAAUGAUUCAGACCGAGCAGGUCUCUACCAGGGUGUGCGACCACAGCAGAACGCGGAUACUGAUUCCCAGUACGGUAGCGAAUCGCAGUUCGGCACCAACAGAUAUGGAGGCGACAGUGGACAAUUCGAUUCAGACGACCACAGCACGGCCUCCGGGCUCCAGUCAUUCCACAAGCAGAAUACCAACGUGUCACGACAACCGAACAACCUCGCGGCCAUCCAAAGCGCUGAUCACUCAAUCAUCCCGGAAGAAAGCGGGGAGUUCGACAUCGAGAAUCCCUCGAACCAUCUUCCAGUUCCCGACUUCAAGCCACCUGAAUUCAAGUCACCCGUGCUCGGCACCCAGCAGUUCACAUCGCCCACUAUCAGAAGUGGCGAAUAUGAUCUCGACAACGAAGCUUCUGACUUCCCGGGUGCGUACCGAUCCACGUCGACCAAGCAACGUCCUGGCGCAUCUGUGCCUAACAACGGAAUGAGCGGCUUCUUGGGGGCUCCGCCUCCACCACCAGGUCGAUACCAGCAACCCUUGAGCUACAGCGGAGAAUACGUGCCCAUUGGCAAGACUGUACACUUUGCCCUUUCCGUAGACGAAAAGAAAUUCUAAACCCAGUGUCUAGCUUUCUCCCACAAGUGGGUUUUCUAGAUCCGUGAACUAUUCAUUUCUAGAGCUGCUUCAUUUCUGGUAGCAAAUAGAACUAGAUGAGCGGUGCCAUCCACAAAUGGAGUUUUUGAUUUGGCCUCGCGAAGGCCGGAGGAGAUAAUCUCUGGACUGUUGACGACUAGCUCCGUGAGUUCAUUGGCUGUCAUCUAUUCUUUGGGGAGCGGAAUUGUUGUAGGCAGGAACCUGGUGGAUGAAGAUCCCUGAGCAGCAGCCUGUCUGGUCAGAGAAAGGCCGAUCUCUCGCUCUCUCGCUCCCAUUGUACUCCCAUUGUACUGAUUUAUUCGUGGCCCUGGCAGAGGCAAUAAAAAUAGCGAUGGAGCCUCAACUGGGCUUGCGCCGCACCUUGUAUGCUA